UUUCUCUCUCCCAAAGGCGAAGGGAAGGAUAAAGAGAGAAUGUGCAAAGGGUUCUGCGGGCACAAAGACGGGAGAGAAGCUAAGCAUUAUCGAAGCUGAAGAAGAUGAUGCUGCUUAAGUUCACUAUGUUAUGGCUUCUCGUCUUCUGUUUGUCUCCAUCUUCUUCUUCGGCUCGACCUGCACCAUAUGCAAUGCGCAUAAGCUGUGGGGCUCGUGAGAAUCGACGCACUCCACCAACCUAUACACUUUGGUUUAAGGAUUUUGCCUAUACAGGGGGAAUUCCGUCUAAUGCAACACGCCCAAACCUCAUCACUCCCCCACUUCAAACACUUCGUUAUUUCCCUCUUUCUGAAGGUCCAGAAAAUUGCUAUAAUAUUAGAAGAGUGCCUAGGGGGCACUAUUCUGUGAGGAUCUUCUUUGGAUUAGUUCCACAUUCUGAUUUUGAGAAGGAGCCUCUGUUUGACAUAUCUAUCGAAGGCACCUUGAUUUCUUCAAUGAAAUCUGGUUGGACUAAUCAUGAAGACCAAGUAUUUAGUGAAGCACUUGUGUUUCUUUCAGAUGGCACUGUUUCUAUAUGCUUCCACAGCACAGGUCAUGGAGAUCCUGCAAUACUUUCUAUUGAAAUUCUUCAAGUUGAUAAUAAGGCAUACUAUUUUGGUCAAGGGUGGGGUGAAGAUUUGAUCCUUAGAACAGCUGCAAGACUUACUCUUGGUACUAGGAAGCCAAGGUUUGAUGAAGAUUAUAGCGGGGACCACUGGGGUGGGGAUAGAUAUUGGAGCCCUAUCAGAACGUUUGGUCAUAAUGCUGAUCAACCUAGAUCAACAGAAAAUGGCAUCAAGCAAGCUUCAGAUGCACCAAACUUCUAUCCAGAAGCUCUUUAUCAAUCAGCUGUUGUUAGCACCAACAGUAACCCAGACUUAACUUAUGCAAUGGAUGUGGAUCCCAACAGAAACUACUCGAUAUGGUUACAUUUUGCUGAGAUUGAUGCCACAGUCACUGGCAUUGGGCAAAGGGUAUUUGAUAUCUUAAUAAAUGGUGAUAGUGCUUUUCCAGAUGUAGAUGUUGUUAAGAUGAGUGGGGACCGUUAUACUGCACUUGUACUUAACACAACUGUUGCUGUUAAGGGGAGGACUUUGACCAUAAUCCUGCGACCUAACAAGGGUCAUGCAAUAAUCAAUGCUAUUGAGGUCUUUGAGGUUAUAACAUCGGAGUUCAAAACUGUACUUGUAGAAGUUAAGGCUCUACAGGCACUGAAGAAUGCCUUGGGGCUUCCUCAUCGUUUAGGUUGGAAUGGCGAUCCAUGUGUACCCAAAGAACACCCAUGGAGUGGAGUAGAUUGUCAUCUAGACACAACAACCAACAAGUGGUUCAUUGAUGGCCUUGGUCUUGACAAUCAAGGUCUUAGGGGUUUCUUGCCAAAGGACAUCUCCAAACUGCGUCACCUGGAGAGCAUCAAUUUAAGUGGGAACAGCAUUCAUGGGACCAUUCCGUCAUCACUUGGAACAAUUACUAGCUUACAAGUGCUGGAUCUCUCUUACAAUUCCUUGACUGGAUCAAUUCCUGAAAGCCUAGGACAGUUGACAGCAUUACGCAGACUGUACCUUAACAGCAACUCCCUGUCAGGAAGAGUCCCAGCUGCUGUAGGUGGAAGGCUUUUGCAUGGAGCUAGCUUUAAUUUUACUGAUAAUGCUGGUUUAUGCGGUAUACCUGGACUACCUCCUUGUGGAUCCCAUCUAUCUGCUGGUGCAAAGGUUGGCAUAGGAUUUGGUGUGGCUCUGUCUCUCCUACUUCUUGUCAUCUGUUCAAUGUGUUGGUGGAAAAGGCGGCAGAAUAUUCUUCGCACACAGCAGAUUACAGCAAGAGCUGCUCCCUAUGCAAAAGCAAGGACCAAUUUAUCGCAUGAUAUACAGCUGUCAAGGCAUCAAAAUCAUGGCCAUGCUCGGACUGCUGCUGAAAAUGGACCUAGUUUGCUUUCAUGAUUGACAGCCAUCAGACAAAAUCCUAAUGUAUUCCAAAUCUUCUCCUCUUUUCUGUUUCUUCAGCCUAUUAUUUCUUUGAUGGAAUAUCUUGGCAAGUGAAGCUGAAACAAGCCAUUAGAGUAACUUCUAAAAGGUCAGUUCCCUUAUGGGCCACAGAAACUGCUGUAUGGUAGGUCAGCUUGUAUAUUGAUAUGAUUCUCUUUUCAUCAGUUUUGGCAAAAGAAAUGUUGUAACAUAUUGAAUGAUCAGGUCGUUUAGAAGUCCAUAGGUUUCCUCGUGUCUUAGAUAAAAUUACUCCCGUGGAAUUUGGAAGUAAGUUGAUAUCCAGUAGGUCCAUGGGUUCAUGUAACUAGAUACCAGACAGGUAUUUCUCACUAAGUGCAAGCUUCAUCUGGUCUUGGUUCUUAUGUUUGUUUAUGCUGUAUCUAUGAUUUUCUUUAAAGUAAUUUGUGUUCUUUUAAAACAUACCAUUUUAUGAGCUUCCGAGGAUUUUAUUCUUACAU